UGGCGGCGUCUGCCCUGGCGGGUGUGGCUUCGGCUCGGCCAGGUGGGCGCCGCUCGGUGGAAGACUGAACGGGGAAUGGCAUCUCCUCCCGAGGACCACCCCCCAAAGCCGGCCCCGGCCAAGCCCCUCACGGACCUGGAUUUCCGCUCCGGGGUGCAGAUCGAGGAGCUCAACCAACUCAUCCAAGAAUACGACGCCAGGACCCCCAGCGGCUGGGACGCCCCAGAGUUGUUUCAAGCCAAAGAUUUGGUUUUCUCGCUGCUGGGCCAGGUCCAGCGAUCUGAUGGGAGGCUGCCCCUGGUCAACUGCUACCUCCUCCUCUCCGGCGGAACCCAGCAGGGCACGGUCCACGUGGACUUGACCACACCGUGCCCCCUUUCUCCCGGCGGGGACUACGAUGCCAGCUUCACGCUCCUGGUGCCAGUUCUGAACGUGGCCGGGGUGCCCAUCACGUUGGACAUGAAGCACAGCCCCCCCGGCCACACCCAGAUCAGCCUCGGGCCCUUCGAUGCCGCGACGCUGCAGCACUGGUCCGAGUGCAGCUCUGGGGACGAAGCGUUCCUCUCUGCCCAGCUGGUCUCCGAGUGGUUUUUCCGGGCAUUUUCCAUGGCUGCCAAGGAUCUUCGGGUCGAGCUCCAGGGCCGCGUCACCUCCGUGGUCAUCUGCGUGGGACCCUGCCGCGUCCUCUACGACAUCAUCCCUGUGGUGGCCCUGAGGGGCUGGCCUGAGGUGGCCCAGCCCUGGCUGAGCCAGGCACACUUUUGGGACCACAAGCUGAGGGAGGAAGACGUCACCGCCGGCUUCUACCUCUUCCCGUCCCCUUCUGGCUCCGACUGGCGCCUGGCCUUCUCGGGCAGCGAGCUGCAUGUGAGGCGGACCCUUCCCCCUCCACUGCUGCGGUCCCUGCGAGCCGCCACGGCCACCCUCCCCUGGGACCGCCUCCCAGGCCUGGCGCCGUACCACCUCUUCACCCUGAGCUUGUGGUCCUGUGAGCGGCUGCCCGGCAGCUACCUGGCCCAGGAGGAGAACGCGGCCCACGCCUUACUGGGCCUCCUGGACGACCUGGCUGCCAGCCUGGUCCACGGGCGCCUCCCCAGCUACUUCCUCCCCCAGUGGAACCUCCUGGAAGGCCUGUCCCCUUGGGCCACGGGGACCCUGGCUCGGGUGGUGGCCCAGGUCAGAGCCAACCCCGCCAAGUACCUCCGCCAAGCCGUGGAGGGUGCCAAGGAAGCCAGGCGGCUGGCCAAGGCCUAUCGAAGCCAGCUGCUGUCCCCCGCGGUCGCCUAGCUGUUGGGCUGGCUUCAGCAGGGACAGACAGAGCCAGCCCACCUUGAGUCCUUCAGGAAGAAGGAUCCCUGGACUUUUCCGAGAAGCCACCCUGGGUGCUUCCCAGCCUUCAGGGGGCUGCAGAGGGCACUUUCUGGAGGAGGGGAUCCAACAGGCUGGCAGCCACUGCAAAUGUGCUGGACGGCAACCCCAGGCUCGCUGACAGUGAUGGGAGCUGUAAUCCCCUGUCGCAGGAAAGGAAGGGCAGGAUCUUGGGCGCAGGGACGGCCUGCCUUCUGCCACCCUGAAAUUGUGCCUUAAAGUGACAUAACCUUAAAACAUCUGGUUUGAAAGCCAGAUGACUGUAUCUUUCUCCUUGCUGUACGCUCAGCAUGUGCCUUCCGUUUCAGACACAGAUUCCUGCCGAAAGGGAUCCCGUGAGGUUCCGAGGUAGGCCCUCCAGAAGUUGGGGACUUCAACUCCCAUUAGCUUCAGCUAACCUAGCCAGAGGACUGGCAGCUUCAGUCCAAUGCUGCUGGAGGGUGCCAAAUUGCACAAAAGGAGGAGAGAUUUAGCUGAAUCCUCAGCUCUGACACCCUGGGCUGCUUUGGGCCGGGUGCUGGAAUGUUAAUAAAGAGGGACAUUUGGGUUGGACGGGAAGAAAAGAUCUUAGCAAACCUCUUUCUAGCCUGCCAUCCUCCAGAUGUGCUGGAUUACAACUCUCACAAUCCCUAGACAGCUCAGGAAUUCUAGUCCAACACAUCUGGAGGGCCCUGGGCUAGGUAAGCUUUUUCCUAUGGAAUAUUAGAAUAUCACAUGUUAGGGUUAGAUGAGUAACCGUGCUCUAAUCAUAGUUCAGAAAAGCAUCGCCUGGGCCUUGUACUUUUAUUUUCUUACUCAAUAGUUAAAUGGCGGGGAAGGGUCAUAGUCCACUUCUAAUGUAAAUCGAUUUUGCACAGCACUAUCUCUGCUUACCUGCCUAUCCCCCCCCAUCUGUCUGUCUGUCUGGACACUGACCAAAAUUGAUAAAAUCUAUCAAAAGAGAAGCUUCAGGGUUGUGGUUUGGGAAGGAGCGUUUUUUAAGCCUUUGGGGUAAAUAAUAUUUUGUAUUAAUCUUUGCAAAAGGUCAGAAUAAAGCUUUCU